UUGCAAUUCUUUGUUUAUGCAUCACAGGUUCCUCCAUUCCCAGCUAGGAAAAUAUGCUUGUGUGCCAUCCACUCCGUCCAUAAGCUCCUACUUGCAUAUAGCAUCACAUGAAGAAGCUGAUCGUCAAGACGGCGGUCUCAUUGAUGCCUUCACUCUCAUUGAUGUGUCGGAGCAGAAGCAGUUGCCUUCAUAUCUUGCUUUCAAAGGCGACAACGGGUAUUUCCUUGGGGCGAAUAUGAUAGAGGGCUACAAUUAUCUUCAAUUUUCAGGAGAAGAUAUUGGAGAUCCAAGAGUGUUGCAUACUAUUUACACCAAUGACGAUGGAGUCGUCCGUAUAAAAUCCAACUAUUUUGACUUGUUUUGGAGGCGCAGCCCAAACUGGAUCUGGGCUGAUUCAUAUGACCUUACCCACAACAACUCGGACACAUUAUUUAGGGUGACCACUGGGGAUGACUUCAUUGCUCUCCAAAACUCGGGCAACAACAAUUUCUGUAAGAGGUUAACCACAGAAGGGAAGACAAGUUGCCUCAAUGCUGCUGUUUGAGUCCAUAACAACUGAAGCAAGAUUGCAGUGCUAUGAACCAGUUGUUACCCGAGACAUCUACGAUGUCGAUUUUCGCCUGAGUGAAGCUAGGAUGUAUACCAAAGAUGUUGAUGGCCUUUAUAGCCAAACUGUUAAAAACCAGACCAGUACAACAAACAAAACCACGAUAACCUUCACGUACUCAAGUACGGUGGCGACUACCUGGAGUUCUACUGUUUCAAUGAAGAUGGGCAUCAAAACCAAUCUUAUGUCCGGGGUCCCAUUUGUUUUUGAAGGGAAAAUUGAGGUUAGCGCUGAAUUCAGUGGAUCAUAUACCUGGGGAAAAACUGAAACUGAACAAAAGCAAAUUAGCAAACAAGUUACUGUUGAUGUUUCUCCAAUGAAGAAAGUGACAAUAAAAGCAAUCGGAUCAAAUGGUGUCUGUGAUAUUCCCUUCUCAUACAAGCAGACCGAUGUUUUGAUGAAUGGGCAGAAGGUUACCAAAGAGUUCACCGAUGGCAUGUAUUUUGGUGUUAAAACCUCUAAUAUCACGUUCGAAACCAUAGAAGAGGACCUGUAGUGAGGACUGAAAAGAGACAUGCAUGGAUCGUGAGAGUUGAAAACUACAUCAUAUAUAUGUACUAAAUAAAUUAAGAUGUAGUUAACAUGCUGCUGUGCAUGGAUCAUGGUUUAUUUCUGGUGUUCACAGUCGAGCUAGUUUGUGUUUCCCUUUUCUUGUAUGCUCAGAAUAAGAGGCUAUGCCUGCGUCCAUCAAUCUAGUGUGGUGUGUGGAUGUCUUUGAUGUAACAUAACCUGAAUUCAGUUUGUGUUGGGUUCGAUGAAAUGACCAAUACUACUGUAAUGAAUUCAGUUAUGUGGUUUGCAAUGUCAACAUGUUUAGAGUGGAUGUAUAUUUA